CACUGACAGAUUUCCGUGAAGAAAAAAAAAAAUCAUUGUUAUACGAAAAAAGUGUUUAUCCAAAAGCGCAUAGGUCAGAUGCAUGUGUUCCUGUUUCCCCCGUUGUAAUGAUAACUCUUUCCCGCACCAUUGCUGCUUCGGAAGGGCAUUAGAGGUUCAAGAGUGUUGCCAUUGUAAAUCAUUCCUGCACAUGUCAAUGGUGCCGUGAGGAUUAAAGAUGUCUACUACAGCUCUCUCCGAUAUCCCAUGCCAGCGACUCGAAUGCGACGAUAACUUCACCAGGAAGAGGUCGCACCCCAAUGAUGGUUGCCGACGAGCGAAGGACAUCGUCAUCGUCGUCGUAGUCGUGGUCGCCGUUGGGGCGUUGAUUCUAGCCCUGGUUAGCCUCGCAAAGCCAGGGCACUUCGAGGUUGAAUACGAACAGGAGUUCAAUGGGCCGGGUUUCCCAUGGUCCAAGGACAAAAUAUGGACCUUCGCCAUUGGUCAUUAUGGUAUCAACCGCGAGUAUUUAGACGAAGCAACUGGGACUAUAAAGGGCUACAAUGUAGACAUUAUCAACGCUGUUUGCAAGAUAGCGAAUAAGAACUGCGAGCUGGUGUACGAUGACUUUGCACGAUGUUGGAUGUCUGUGGCAGGGGAGAGAGCGAAGGGUGGUGAGGGACUGCUAGGGGGAUGGUACGAUGCCUGUACAGGUUGGGGAAUUACCUAUGAUCGAUCUCGGUCGUUUUCAUUCACCAAGCCAUACAGCAAGCUAGCUGGAGUAGGAAUCUAUGUAUCAAAUACAACAACGAAUUUUGACUGGACAAACCUGAGAGGGCGCACUAUCGGAUUUAUGAACGGAUUCUCGAGCGAUGAGCACUGCCUGGCACGUUAUGCUGACGAUCUCAUACAGGGUUCCAAGUUGUCUGCAUCUGCCGGCCAGAUUGUCUACUAUACGAGUUUGGAAGAGCUUGUGGCAGCGGUCAUUGAUGGAAAUGUUGACGCAGCCUUCUGCUACGCCGAGCCCCAGCUUGGCCAGUUGAAGCUGCUGACGGCCUCAAGCUUCCCGAAUCGUUGCGCCCUGGGCGGGUUCGGCAUGAUGGCGAGAAAGGACAACCCCACUUUCGUCACAUGGUGGAACGAUGCCUUUGACAAACUUGUUAACACAGCCGAGUACAGAAUGAUCUGCCGAGAUUUAAAGGAAGCGCACGGUCACAUGCCAGGUCAAAAUCCGGAGGACGUCUGUCUGUAAUAGGGAAGCUAUGACGGAUACAGCCAUACCACCAUCAAGACUAUUAUGUAUGAUUGUGAUCCCAAGUUUGUGGAUGGCCUUUAAUUUUGCAGUUCAAAAAUACUUCAAAAGUCAGUCACCACAGAAGGAAAUAAGGACUUUAAAUAAUCUUGUCGUCGACUUUUCUGUAAUAUUAAAUACAGAAUUGUUCUCAAUUUGAUAUAUAUUCUAAGACGAUCGCAAAUUUUGCAUGCGUUCCGAGGAAGAAAAAAAACCCAGAUCGAUUCCAGAUUUUAAAAAAUAGCAACCAGACCGAUAAGGCCCAGGAAAUCUUUCCUUUAUCGAGUCAAUAUCAUCAAAGCUCUUGGUUAAAAUUGAGACUUUUUAUGUGGUAUAUUAUGUCUUUCAUUGUAUGCAUUUUUUUCUUUCGUUUAAAGAUUUCUCAGUUGCAAUAGAUCAUUUGUCUACACUUUUUCGACUUUUCCCGAGACUCUUCGCAUCAGAUUAUGAGAACUCAUUAUAUUCGAAACUCUAUGAUAUUCGACUUACGUAAUUUCACCCAUUUAUAGACUAAAAUUGUAUAUAUGUUUUGCUGUAAAUUUGAUUAAACGAGUAUUUAACGCAAAAUGAGAUAUGGAUCACUUAUAACACCCCCCCCCCCCACAGUGGGGGGAAUGUGCAGGACAUUUAAUCACCCCAGCACACAUUAGGAAUAAAGAGAGGAACAUGGACAAAUUAAAAGGAAUUGAACCACAACAUAUAGCUUGUUCGCAAAACACCUAUUUUGGCAAAUUAUUUUGUAUCAUCUUGAAAAACAACUGAUCAUACGAAGCAGCAAAAUUUAAGAAAUUCGACAAUUGUGUUCAUGAGCUUCGGGCCUCUCUCUCUCUCUCUCUCUCAUUGCAAAUACUCAUGUGACAAGGUAUUGUUUCAUAUUCCCGACGUUAAGAUCAUCAUUUAUCUUUCCUCAUUAGUUAACUAUUAUGCCUAUUUUCUCGCAUUUGUUUGCCAGAUAUUUUUGAUGUGUUUCAUUAUCAAUAAAUUCUCUCAUUUGUUUCAUAAAA